CCGGUGCUGCCUGCUGCCCGUCGCCAUGCCUCGCAAGAUGGAAGAAAUCAAGGACUUCCUGCUGACAGUGUGGCGCAAGGACGCCACGUCUGUCAAGAUCACAAAAACCAAGGACAACGUGAAGUCCAAAGUGCGCUGCAGCAGGUACCUGUACAUGUUGCUCAUCACAGACGAGGAGAAGGCCCAGAAGCUCAAACAGUCGCUGCCCCCAGGCCUGGUGGUGAAGGAGCUGAAGUGAAGAGAAGCUGCUGGAACUGCAUUAAAGUUUUUAAA